AAAAAAAAGAAAGAAAAAAAACUAAUUUGUAUAGAGUCGUCUUCUCCAACCGCCGAAGCAAAAGGGGAAAAAAAGGAUCCUUUUGAUUUUCGCGGAAUACCAGUCUGAGUUUCCCGGGAAAAGUCCCAAGCAUAGAGUUAGGUUCAGUCUGGGUGCUUCUUCGUUUACGUCUUUGAAAAAGCAUCUAUAUCUGACUUAGAUGGUAUACAUCGUUGCAUAUACUGGACAAAAUUUAUUAAGAACACUUGAGUAGGCAAAGAGGUAGCUGCCUUUGCACUAUUGCAAGACCAUAAUCUGUUGUAGCAGUUUUCUUAGAGAGAGAAGCGGAGACGUCUAGAAAAGGGCUGAUAUAAUCAUUGUGGACUUGAUAUAUCAGUUAAGGAUGUGGUAGUGGACCUCUUCUUCAGUUCAACUUCAUCAAUACUCGAAUACUUUUGACUCAAUGGGAUGGAGGGGCAGUUUAUGUUCUUCCUUUUUCCUUUUCACUUUGGUCUCCUCCAUCAGAGUAGGAGACAUGUGGCCUGUCAAUCUCAGUGCUGAAUCUGCCGUAGCCAUCAGCUGGCCAAUCCUCAGUGCGAGCAUGUUCGUACUAGUUGCACUGUUUCUCUCCAUGUAUCUUAUCUUCGAGCACUUAGCUGCCUAUAAUCAACCAGAGGAGCAGAAGUUUUUGAUCGGGCUUAUUCUGAUGGUUCCUGUUUAUGCCCUAGAAUCAUUUGUGUCACUGUUGGACUCAAAUGCUGCAUUCAACUGGGAAGCAAUCCGGGACUGCUACGAGGCCUUUGCAUUAUAUUGUUUUGAGAGAUACUUGAUAGCCUGCUUAGGUGGUGAGAAGCGUACAAUUGAAUUUAUGGAGAGUCAGAGCAUAGUUGAUUCGAGCACUCCUCUUUUGAAAGAAGAAUACGCUUAUGGAGUUGUUGAACAUCCUUUCCCACUGAAUUGCUUUAUAAGAGACUGGGAUCUUGGUCCGGCAUUCUAUUAUGCUGUGAAAGUAGGCAUCGUUCAGUAUAUGAUACUGAAAUUGAUCUGCGCUCUGCUAGCCAUGAUUCUUCAAAGUUUCGGUGUUUAUGGAGAAGGAAAGUUUGACUGGAGAUAUGGCUACCCUUACUUGGCAGUUGUUCUUAAUUUUAGUCAGACAUGGGCCCUAUACUGCCUUGUGCAGUUCUAUUCUGUCAUCAAGGACAAACUACAACCUAUUAAACCACUGGCGAAGUUUUUAACUUUUAAGUCAAUUGUAUUCUUGACAUGGUGGCAAGGUGUUGCUGUUGCGUUUCUUUUCUCUAUGGGUGCCUUUAAAGGGGCCUUGGCGCAGGAGCUGAAAACCCGCAUACAAGAUUACAUCAUAUGCAUAGAGAUGGGUGUUGCUGCUGUGGUCCACCUAUAUGUCUUCCCAGCAGUACCUUACAAACGUGGAGAAAGAUGUGUUCGCAAUGUUGCUGUGAUGGCUGACUAUGCAUCACUAGGAGCGCCUCCUGAUCCCGAGGAGGUUCGUGAUUGUGAAAGAUCAACAAGAAUUCAUCUACAACGGCAUGAUGAGAGAGAAAAGCGCUUGAAUUUCCCCCAGAGUGUUCGUGACGUGAUUUUUGGAAGUGGAGAAAUCAUUGUUGAUGACAUGAAGUAUACAGUUUCGCAUGUGGUAGAACCAGUUGAAAGAGGAUUUGCAAAGAUAAAUAAAACCUUGCAUCAGAUAUCUGAGAAUGUGAAACGGCACGAGGAGCAGAGGAGGAGUGCCAAGGAUGAUAGUUAUCUUAUCCCCUUGAGUUCAUGGAACAGAGAAUUUUCUGAAGUCCAUGAGAAUCUUGUUGAAGGGAGUGUCAGUGACAGUGGUUUGUCCAGUGGGAGGAGACAGCACACCCAGUCUAAAGCUUCAACUUCUCGUCCAAGAGCAGGGAGAUGAUGUCAUCAAAUAUAUGGAAGACAAACACAGGAGUAUGUAAAUGGUGUGGUGAGGAGUUCGACGUGAUUUUAGACGAUGUCGAUAUACUUGGGCUGGCGGGAAGAGCUGGGGGUUUAUGGAGCUAACACAUCGACGGAAAACAUUCAUGUAAAGGAUCUUCUGACCAAUGAGUUUUUCUUGAAGUGACCAUGCUCAGUACAGAAUGGAGCAAUGGAUACAUCAGGUGACAGGGCUAAAGCCACUUUGACUAUGUGAACAACUUUCUAUGGCUCGUAACAAUUUGAAUAUAUCCAAAAUGGAUAAUCAACUUUUGUUUUGGUGGAAGAAAAAUAUAAUCUGGUACAGGAUGUGCUAUAAUAUAAACCUUUAUUUUUCCUCUA